GAAGUGAGCCCGCUACCUACAACGCACGCGCCUCCCUGGUUACCUCAGACUCUUUUCUCGCCGUAACUCGCGGUUACGCUACUUCCGCACAGUGCCUGGCUACAUACCUUAAGUAACCAUGGCCUUAUAAUAUACGAGUUGUACGUUUGCAUUUAUUUUUGUAAAUAGUGAAGUAAAUGGUUGAUUCCAUUCAGGGGUCCUAUUUAGGAAAGACAUUUGCGGUUGCUACAAGGUUCUGGUCUGGAUUACGGAGUUGUAUACGGGAAAAGUGAGUGGUUAAACAGAAAGGGGUUAUCGUGCAGAGGUAGUUCAUUUACACCAGGAAGAUGCCUGCCAAACGGAAGCUAGCGCCUCCUGCUUUGAACAUAAACCCCAGUGCAAGCGAAGGACCUCCAGUUACUACUGACAGUUCGUCAGAAGCUAACCUGGUUGACCUGCAAAAGAAACUUGUUGAACUUCACUUGGAUGACCAGCAGAAGAAGAGACUUGAAGCCUUUCUCACUCAAAAAGCGAAGGUGGGAGAGCUGAAGGAUGAUGAUUUUGAAAGGAUCUGUGAACUCGGUGCUGGCAAUGGAGGUGUGGUCACCAAAGUUAGGCAUCGACCAUCAGGGCUUAUUAUGGCACGGAAGCUUAUCCAUUUAGAAAUCAAACCAGCCAUCAGAAAUCAGAUUAUCAGAGAGCUGCAAGUUCUACACGAGUGCAAUUCCCCAUACAUUGUGGGCUUCUAUGGUGCAUUUUACAGUGAUGGAGAAAUUAGUAUAUGUAUGGAGCACAUGGAUGGAGGAUCUCUGGAUCAGGUGCUAAAAGAAGCUCGAAGAAUUCCAGAAGAAAUUCUUGGGAAGGUUAGCAUAGCGGUUCUCAGAGGCUUGGCAUAUUUGAGGGAAAAACAUCAGAUCAUGCAUCGAGACGUGAAGCCUUCAAACAUUCUAGUCAAUUCACGAGGGGAGAUUAAGUUAUGUGAUUUUGGAGUGAGUGGUCAGCUCAUUGACUCUAUGGCAAAUUCUUUUGUUGGAACCCGCUCUUAUAUGUCGCCAGAGCGAUUGCAGGGUACUCAUUACUCUGUACAGUCUGAUGUAUGGAGUAUGGGCCUUUCAUUAGUGGAAUUGUCGAUUGGAAGAUAUCCCAUUCCUCCACCAGAUGGCAAGGAACUUGAGGCCAUAUUUGGUCGUCCGAUAUUGGAUGGCGCAGAAGGGGAACCACACAGUACCUCACCACGGCCAAGACCACCUGGAUGUCUUGCAGGCGGUCCUGGAGUGCCAGCCAUGGCCAUAUUUGAACUACUGGAUUAUAUCGUUAAUGAGCCUCCUCCUAAACUGCCUAAUGGGGUCUUCAGUGCAGACUUUCAAGACUUUGUACAUAAAUGCUUGAUCAAGAAUCCAGCAGAAAGGGCAGACCUGAAAAUUCUAAUGAAACACCCUUUUAUCAGACGAUCAGAAGUAGAGGAAGUUGAUUUUGCUGGCUGGUUGUGUAAAACCAUGGGACUGAAGCGGCCGAGCACACCCACCCGCACUGCCAUGUGAAAAUGGAACCAAUCUUUAUUUGCAUCCUGCAACCUGCCUGUCUGGUCCAAAGCAGCCGUGCUGUUCAUAAGAAAUGUCACUGUCUUGUCUGUGUCAGUUAAAUCACCUAAGAAAAGGAGUUUCAUUCACGCUGCCAAAUCUUAUUCAAGACUGAAGAUUUUUGUCUUGUUUUUUUUUUUUCCUGUCACUGGACAUGCGCUGCUUUAAUCAACAGUUGCUACCUGAUUUGGGGCCAUGAAAAUUUGGUCACUAUGGGAAAUUUUGUGAACCUGCAUUUUUGUAAAGGUUUAUGAAAAUAGUAAAUUAGUGUUUAUUUUAGUUGUUUCAGAAGGUUUAAGUACUGUUUUACAAAGUAAAAUAAGGUGCUCAUUCUAGUUUUUAUUACUGUUUAUAUUUUGCCCAAUUUGAGUGCACUGGACUUCACUUGGGGAUGGUUUGAGGUACUCUGCAACUCCAAAAAAAAAAAAAAGUGGUUGGAAAUGUAAACACACAUUUUAAAUGCUUUAGUCCUGCUUCCCAUGUAGAAAAAAGUCAUAUAUUUUAAAUGCUUUAGUCAUGCUUCCCGUGUAAAAAAAGUCAUAGCGUUUAUUUUAAAUGCUUUAGUCAUGCUUCCCGUGUAGAAAAAGUCAGUGUUUAUUUCUGGAAUGCUGUAGGCCUAAUGCAGAUGUACUGCUCUGCACUAAGCUCAUACCCCAGCUAAGCAGCACAAACACAUUCUAAGAACUGCUGUUCUCCAGUCAAGGUCAGCUUUGCCCUGCACUCCAAAGUAAUUUGUAGCAUUGGGAUGUCUGCAUAUGAUUUUAUAGGUUAUUGUCCCUUUUAAGAACACCACUGUAGUUUGGCAUUGGUACACAACUUGUUUGAACCUCAGCAGAAGUGUUUUUAGUUUUAUUGGAUGGUUAUGUAACCAUAUGGUGCUUUCCCUCUGAAUGGGUAUGUUAAUUGUUUGCACAGACUGAUUGAUUGUGUGAUACUUGCUGUUUUAUGUGCAUAGUGCAUAUAAUGUGUUCUUAUAUUGUGCUUAAGCAAUAAUGCCCAACAGGGCAUGGCUGUCUGAGAUCAUCCAUCAUCUCACAGUGUUACUGGAUGCAGUUUAAGGGAGUAAAACCCAUAUAAUUUGCUCAGUCGAAUAUAAUAAUCUCAAGUAUAUAAACCUAAAGUGAGACUGGAAUUGAUGCAGUGCAGUUGUGCUGAGAUAGCCAUUUUCCAAAUUGCACACUGACCAGUCAGAGCUCAGUAUUAUCCUUGCCAUUGCAUUGCGUAAUAAUAUAAAAAGUGUUGAGCCAGUCGUGACUGAAUUGCUAGACUGGUGACUUAGUAUUGCAUAUGAUUUGUGGGUAAAUUGCUUGGCUGAUAAAUCAGUGCUGCUUAUGGUUUGUGGCUGUUUCCCUUCAGAAUUUAGCAGGGCUUAUAUAUUCCAAAUACAGGAGGAAAACUGCUUUCAUAAAAAGUGGUCAUGUUUUGUUCCAGAAUUUAAGAUAUUGAAUCUUGCAGGCUUUAGAAAAUAAACCCUGCCUCUUUGUGUAA